GACUUCUUCGACGCGCACUGGGCGAAAUGGACCACGCUCGUCGACGACCCCGACGCGCUGCGCGAGCCCAAGUGCGACCUGUGCCGCCGCGAGGUCGACCUCUCGGACCACCUCGCGUUCCACCUGUGCACCGCCUCGGACCCGGCGGCGCUCGCGCCCUGCCUCGCCCUGUUCCACCCCGUCUGCCUCGCGACGCACCUCCUCUCGCCCUCGCCGACAACCUCGACCACGAACACGACCACGCCCACGCCCACGACCCUGACCUCGUCCUCCGCCCCGCCCGCGCUCCUCGCCCCGCCCCUCCUCCCGACCAAAGGCGCCUGCCCCGCGUGCGGCGGCGCCGUGCACUGGGCCGAGCUCGUGAGGGGCAGCUACCGCCGCCGGGACGAGGCCGAGGGCAAGAGGAAGAAGAGGACGAGGCAGCGCGGUGGGGCGGCGGCGGGUGCGGGGACGGCGGUGGUGGGAGGUGGAGCGGGGACGAAAGGGUGCGCGAGGGCCACGGGCAGGAGCAAGGGCGAGGGCAAGGGCAAGGGCAAGGGGAGGGCGAGGGCGGCCGGGCGCGCCGAGGAGAGCGACGUCGACGACGAGCUCGCGACGUUCCGCUUUGCCGGCUCGGGCGAGGACGACUCGUCCUCGGGCGCCGGGUCAGUCGACCUUGCGCUCGACGACGACGACCACGACGAGAGCGACGCCGAGCGCUCGUUUGCGCGGCUCGACGCGGCGGCGCAGGAGGCGCUCGGCGAGGGCGACGAGGUGCGCGCGCCGUGGGACGACGACGACGACGACGAGGGCGAGGCGUCGGCGCUCGGCCCGAGCGCGUUCAAGCGCCCACAGCGUGCGCGCUCGUCGCCGCGUCGCGACCUCGGGCGCUCCUCGCCCGCACCCUCACCAACGCCCUCCCCCCCUCCCCCUCCUCUUCCUCCUCUUCUGCCGCCCAAGAAGCGCGGCCGCCCUCCCAAAACCCGCCCCGCGCCCUCACCUGCACCGUACUCUGCGCCCGGCGACAUCCCGCUCAACCUCGGACCGCUCGCGCCCGCCCGCUCGCCGUGGGACGACCUCGUCGACGUGCCGCAGCCGCCGGCGCGCCGCAAGGCCCGUGCGCCGCGCCUGCCCGCCGUCACCCCACCCGCACCCGCACCCGCACCCGCACCCGCGCCCGCCGCCCUCCCCAAGAAGCGCGGCCGGCCGCCCAAGGCCGCCGCCGCGCCUCGCUCGCUCGUCGCCGCCGGGUCCGGGUUCGGCACGACCAAGGCGCAGCUGGCGUCGUCUCGGCGCGCUCGAGAGGACGGCGGGGCGCGCGAGAAGGGUGAGGCGGGCGCGCUCGAGGAGGAGAAGGAGGAGGAGGAGGAGGAGGGGCGAGCGAGGCGGACGAGGGGCCCGGACGGGGCGAAGAAGCGGCAGGCGUACAUUGAGCUGUCGGACUGA